AAUUGUUUUCAGUUUCAUUGGAUGUUCCCUCAGUGAGGAAGCUGAGCAGGAGUAACCCGUGCAGGAUUUAAACCCAGUUUUAGGGAGAGUAGCCAUUGCUACCAUAGCAGCUUUUGUCCCUUUCUCUCACUCAUCCCACAGUGAAGAUGGCUGAGGCAUUUUGCGCUACUUGGAAGCUGAUUGACAGCCAGAACUUUGAUGAGUACAUGAAAGCAUUAGGAGUUGGCUUUGCUACUCGUCAAGUGGGGAAUGUUACCAAACCAACUGUGAUCAUCAGCCAGGAAGGGGACAAAGUGGCGAUUCGAACACAGAGUACUUUCAAGAACACAGAAAUAAACUUCAAACUGGGAGAAGAAUUUGAUGAAGUUACUGCAGAUGACAGGAAUUGCAAAUCUGUUGUGAGCAUGGAUGGUGAUAAAUUGGUUCACAUACAAAGAUGGGAUGGCAAGGAAACAAACUUUGUUAGGGAAAUUAAAGACGAUAAAAUGGUCAUGACUCUCACCUUUGGUGAUAUUGUUGCUGUUCGCCAAUAUGAAAAAGCAUAACAUCUGUCAGCUUAUUGUCUGGGGUAUUAAUACUUCUGGAUGAAAGAAGACCUGUCUUCAGAAGCCAUCUUUGAAGUAAAAAUUGCAUUGCUGAUAUGGAAAGAAUACCAAGUGCUACUUUGGUUUUUUUUUUGUUGGGAAAAAAAAAAAACACCUCCAUGCUAUCAACUUGGAAACAUUUCACUUUGUAAAUCACCACAAAUAAACUUUGCAAUAAAA